AUGAGGCUGUUCCUUAGUGUUCUGCUGGUCACUCUGGCUCUUUGCUGCUCCAAGGCCAAUGGGAUCACCUGUCCAGCCUUGGUAACUGAAGUGGAAGGAUUCCUCUUUCUAGACAUGUCUGACUACAAGUCUACACUUCAGAUGCUAUGUGACCCACCUCAAGAAGUCAUUGAGGCCAAGAUGACAGUGAAGGCCUGCACAGAUCAGAUAUCCCUUAAGAACAGGAUGCUAAUUUCAAGCACAUUGAUGAAAGCCAUGGAGAACUGUAAAUAA